UUUCAUUGGGCCGUAAACUUGGGUACUAGUUUUUCUUGUUGUUAUUAUUUAUUUUUGAAAUAAAAUAAUAAUUAUGCGUACAAUGAAACUUUUUUUCGGACUUUUUUUGGUGACUUUAUUAUUGUUGAGUGUUAAUUCACAAGAUGAUGAUGAUGCAGGUGAUUCAAGUUCAACUACUGAAGCAGAUCCAAGUGGUGCAGCACCUCCACCAGAUCAAGUUCCAGCUGUUAAUAAAACAAAUGGUAUAAUGGGUACUAUAGAAAUAUAUUUCUGGCCAUUUACAUCACUUUUAUUGCAAUUUAUAAAUGGUUUCUUGAUACAUGUGGUAAAAAAACAACUUCCUUGUACUAUGAGCAGUAUAACACCAUUCAAAUAUGAAUGUACAGACUUAUCACCGGAUCAGAAAGCUUCUUAAUCAAAUAAUUGAAAUAUUGAAAUUAUUACACAAAAUACACAUCAAUGCGACUAUUAAUUUUAUCUAUAAUAAUAUAAAUAUUGUAAUCUUUAAAAUCUUAAGUUAAUAAAAUAAGGUAAUAAUAAAAACAAACAUUUCAAAAUAAAUAAAAUAUUUGUUUAUUGUUGUUAUUUAAAUGAAUAAAAAUUAAAAAAAAAAAAAAAUUAUAUU